UAAGACCCCACCCUAGCAAACCAUGAUCCCUACAAUUCAAUUAAUUAUAAAUUUUCUCUAGUCAAUUGAUUUGGUAAUCCGAUUGGUUGCUGAAAAUUUCUCAAUAAAGAUUCCCAAGAUUCCUCUCCACUUAUUUCUUGAAAAAAUCACUCUCCAAAUUUGAGUGUAUCAUGGAAUCAGGGCAACAACCACAACCAUCCACCAUCUCACCACUGCAUAACUCCGCCGAAGAACUCCCCACAACCAACGGGCCCACUACUGUCGGCCCCAGAAAACUCUCUCUCAUCCCUCUAAUCUUCCUCAUCUAUUUCGAAGUUGCCGGUGGACCAUACGGUGAAGAGCCUGCAGUUCAAGCUGCAGGCCCUUUAUUUGCAAUUCUUGGUUUCCUCAUCUUCCCUUUCAUCUGGAGUAUACCAGAGGCUCUAAUCACCGCCGAGCUCUCUACUGCCUUCCCCGGGAACGGCGGCUUUGUUAUAUGGGCCGACCGGGCUUUUGGCCCCUUCUGGGGAUCCCUUAUGGGCACAUGGAAAUUCCUCAGCGGUGUAAUCAACAUAGCAGCCUUUCCAGCUUUGUGUAUAGAUUAUUUGAAAAGGAUUUUUCCCAUCUUCUCUUCUGGGCUACCUCGAAAGCUUGCGAUCUUGGUUUCAACUUUGCUCCUUUCGUUUCUUAAUUAUACAGGGCUCAAUAUAGUUGGUUAUGCUGCAAUUGUUUUGGGAAUUGUUUCACUUGCGCCAUUUAUUCUUAUGUCAUUGAUAGCAAUCCCCCAAAUUCACCCCCAUAGAUGGAUUAGUUUAGGCCAAAAGGGGGUGAAAAAAGAUUGGAAUUUGUUCUUCAACACUCUGUUUUGGAACCUGAAUUUUUGGGAUAAUGUUAGUACUAUGGCGGGGGAAGUUGAUAACCCAAAAAAGACAUUCCCUUUAGCACUUUUUUGUGCAGUGAUCUUCACUUGUUUAGGUUAUAUAAUCCCUCUUAUUGCAGUAACUGGAGCUAUUUCAGUUGAUCAGAGUGAAUGGGAGGCUGGAUUUAUGGCAGAAGCAGCACAAAUGAUUUCAGGUAAAUGGCUAAAAUUCUGGAUUGAAAUUGGUGCUGUUUUAUCAGCAAUUGGAUUAUUUGAAGCACAAUUAAGUAGCUCUGCAUAUCAGCUUCUGGGCAUGGCAGAUUUAGCCUUUUUGCCAACGUUUUUCUCGUGUCGGUCGAAAUGGUUCAAUACACCAUGGGUGGGAAUAUUGUUAUCAACAGUUGUUGCAUUGGGUGUUUCUUAUAUGAGUUACACAGAUAUCGUAUCUUGUGCAAAUUUCUUGUAUAGUUUGGGCAUGCUAUUGGAAUUUGCAUCUUUUCUUUGGCUGAGAAGAAAAUUCCCCACAAUGAAAAGGCCUUACAGGGUGCCAUUGAAGCUGCCGGCACUGGUGAUUAUGUGCUUAAUUCCGGCUGGAUUUUUGGUGGUUAUCAUGGCUAUAGCAACCAAAAUUGUGUAUUUGGUGGGUGGGUUAAUGACUGUUGCUGGGAUUGGAUGGUAUCUUUUGAUGAGGAUUUGCAAGUCAAAAGGGUGGCUUAAAUUCAAAAGGGUAGUUGUGGAGGAAGAGUCAUGAAUAUAUUUGUAAUAGAUUCAAUAGGUAUUUGCUUCUCGUGAUGGUUACAAAGUUUUACAUUCACUAUUUUUAGAUCUUAAUGUUUAGUUGUAGUUGUUCAACUUGAGUAUCCUCAAAUUGAGGGCCACCGCCUCUGUAGAUAAACAUAAACAAAAGAAAGAAAUGGCAAGCCUGCUGCUAAUCAACGUGCAUCAGGCUGAUGAAGUAAUUUUAA